AUGAGUGAGACUUGCGAAGGGAGUUUCAUGUUAGGAGAAGAUAAAAAAUUAAAAGGAGCCAGCGAACACGUAGCUCUCAUCCGAGGCAUCCGAGCAAUCCAUCCUGCCGUCACACACCUUCCUCCUCUCGACGCACCUCUGGUCGGCAACACAGAUCCACUCCUGACGAUAAUUCCCGAUCAGAUUAUAUCUUCCACUCCAAUUUGUAAUUUGGACUACUGUGUUAAUUUUGGACUCGCUUUUACAAGAUUAUCAACAUGCAAACUUGAAAGAAUGCUGUGCGGAUAUAAAGAACGCUUAAAGGAAAACACAAUUGCAGAUGAGUUUGUCACUACAAGCCCUUCCAACCGACCUGCAUGUUUAAAUUUUAAAUUGCUUCUCGUCAACUCAUCGCAAUCAUGUGAAAAUUCUUCCUACUAUUUUCUAUCAGAUUAA